AUGGACACACAAAAUUUAGAGAACGCAGCUGUAAAGAUUCAGUCAUGGUGGCGUGGCAACAUGGUGCGCCGGACGUUACUGCACACAGCACUCAGGGCCUGGGUCAUCCAGUGCUGGUGGAGGUCGAUGCAGGCCAAGAUGCUGGAACAGAGACGGCGCCUGGCACUAAGACUCUACACCUGCCAGGAGUGGGCAGUGGUGAAAGUGCAGGCACAGGUUCGGAUGUGGCAGGCUCGCAGACGAUUUCUUCAGGCACGCCAAGCGGCCUGCAUCAUCCAGUCUCACUGGCGCUGGCAUACCAGUCAAACCCGGGGUCUGAUCCGGGGCCGCUAUGAGGUCAAAGCCAGCCGGCUGGAACUUGACAUCGAAAUUCUCUUGACCUAG